AUGGUGAUGACGUGUGCCAUCUUUCGAACAAGAAUCUGGUGUGCAUUGAUGUUUCUCCCUAAGGUCCAUGGAUGGUAUUCUCCAUAUGUGGUCAAAGUGUUGGAGACGUCCAUGCCCGUGGAGGUUAUGGACUGGCAACAGAAUGAAGCCUUCAUCCAUGCGUGUUGCCUUGUCUCUCCUUACCUUUGGAAGAUGCAGCCUACUCGCUUUGAAUCAGUGACGUGCAUGGUUCUCUUGAAGAUAUCAUGGAGAUCUUAUGGAAGUUGGGAUGUGGACCCUUCAAAAGUUGCAACCGUUGGAAUGCUUGUGCGUGGACUGGAUGAUCCUUCCACAGAAGAAAAUCUAAAGCGCACAAUCUCUCGAACUCCUAUUUGCUGCAUGGGAGAGCCUGAUGAGGUUUCAUCAUUGGUGGCAUUCAUUUGCUUCCCUACUGCUUCAUAUAUCACAGGACAAGUGAUAUGUGUUGAUGGUGGAUAUUCAGUGACUGGCUUCUAG